UGUGGUAAAGUGGAGGCGUGGCAAGCUAGCUAAAUAGCCAUUUAUGUGCUCUCAUAGGUACGUGUAGAGUCUACAGCUGCUCUCGUGAUGGCAGAUGAGCACCUGUUCCCAAUUGACAUCCACUACAACAAGCUUUUAGAUUGGCUUGUUGAUAGGAGACAUUGCGACUCUAAGUGGCAUGGUAAUUCCAAGCUUGUACGAGAGAGGAUAACGGCAGCUGUCAAGGAACUCCCCUCCUCCGAGCAGCUGGCAUGGGUCCGUGAUAUAGAGUCUCUGAGUUAUUUUGAAUGUGUCCGCGUGUUAGAGUGUGUGAAGUCAGUGGAAGGAGAAGCGCAGACUCUCUUUGGCCAGUACACUGCACCCAGAGUCAAAGAAUGGUAUGAGAUUGUGAAGCAGUUUGAAGGAGGCAAUGUCCACCUGGCUGAGUGUGCCCAGAGGCUAACUAGAAUGGUCAACUACGAGGUCCCUGCCCUCAAGCAACAGAUCGCCAGGUGCAAGCAAGUGCAAAGGGAAUGUACUCGGAAAGAGGCGGAUUUACUUGCCAACUCAGCAGUAUUUCAGGACAAGUUUUCAGCUGCAUGCAAGGACAUGGGCAUAGCGGGCAAGUCUGUGCAAGAAGAGCUGUCACAGUUAGUUGCUGAAUUACCAUCUGUUUUCGACAGAGUUCUCGAUGACCUUCCACCUCUGAUUUCGGUCAUAACCUACUACCAAUCCUUCGUACAGUACAUCACAAGCAAGUCAUGUGACGAAGACAAUUUUCUACCCAUGCUGAGCUAUGUGUUGAAACAUGGGAAUGUGACUGUGUAUGAAUGGAAACAUGGGAAUGGACCGCCAGAAACUACCACUUCCAUGUCUGCUGGAUCUCAAUCUGCCGCUGUGAUAGCUGAGUCAGCAGAUAUUGAUUGGGGCGAUGAGAUAGAUUUUGGAGAACCAGAAAUUGAUUUUGGCGAUUCUAAUGAGGUGGACAUAACUUGUAUUACGCUGGAGGAUAGUGGUGAUGUGGCCAGGGCUUUAGAGGAGGCGACCAAUCAGAAUGCAGAACCUAUGGAUGCGGAGGAACUGGAUAGUCUGCUCGGAUCCACUGGAAUGAGAACUCUUUUCAUUAACGACAUUCUCGAGUUGAGGGAGUUUCUCAGUCAACGUCUCCAUGAGCUCUCACAUGAAACAACCACCAUGUUAGGUCAGUUUGGGUCCGAGUCGAAUGUGUUAGAGAGGCAGUCUAAAGAGGGUGUGGCCGAGAUGCUGGGUCAUGUGACUAAGGUACUUGAUCACCUGACCUCUCAGCGGAUAGAACACCUCUUCCUUAUCAAAGGAUCUCAAAGGUAUCUGGAACGUCUGUGCGAGUCACUCAUCCACAACCUCCGCCUCUCCAACAAGGCAGUGGGCGUGGCCAGAGAGCUGGUAGUGCGGAGGGAGGGGGCGGAGACACAGGCUUUGAUACUCGAGCCUAAACUAAAGGUCGUGUGUGAGAGGACAAAGCAACUACAAGCUCAGAUUGCCAGUGAUAUCUCCAGGCGUUACAAGAACAGAGUGGUCAAUAUUAUGGGAGAAAUCAACCAAUUAUAACUGUUAUGAUUGUCACAUGACAUUUAGUACUACAUGUAUAUGGACUACAGGGUAUAAUUUUAUAUGUACGUAAAAUUAUUAUUAUUUUUGUUAAAUUGAUCAAAAACAAGUUUCUCAUUAA